AUGGAAUAUUUGAUGACCAAAAUGUUCGGCACUCUGCUCUGUUUAGACAAGGAUCGCCAAGUACACAGCAACAAGCAGGGUUCAACAUGUGGGAAAAGAGCACCAAGGACAGGGCUCCAGGAACAGAUAACUGCAGGGGAAAAGAGCACCAAGGACAGGGCUCCAGGAACAGAUAACUGCAGGGGAAAAGAGCACCAAGGACAGGGCUCCAGGAGGCAGGGGAAAAGAGCACCAAGGACGGGGCUCCAAGAACAAACAACCGCUAAGAACAGAACACCAAGAACAUGCCGGGAAGGGGAAGCACCAAGGACAGAGCAGGAAGAACAUAUAUGCGCAGAGCAGAGAGCACCACGGACAGGCACGCACGAAAGAAAACAGAGCACCUGGGAGAGACGCAACCAAAAGAACAGAGCAACCAAGAACAAGACACACGAAGAACACAGCGUCGACAACAGCGACAGGGAGAAAAAAGAAGAUUCACUCUGCAACACAAGAGCGGCAGCAAAAACGACGCACCUACAGCUAACAUUACAGGUCCAAAAAGAUAUGAGGGAUGCUGGGGACAGCCCGUGCACAGCAACAAGAGACAACGAAAGGAAACGAACACCAAAACCACAGGCGAAAGAUACAUUGACAACACAGCACCAGCAGGAGACAAACACCAAUAACACAGCACGAAAGAGAACCUUACACCAAGGAGAAACAGCACCAGGAGGACGCACAUCAAAGUCACAACAGCAAGAGAAAGAACGUUUCCAAACCGUAGCCCCAAGAGCAAAAACGUUCCUCAACCCUCAACCCAAGAAGAAACAAACGUUCCCAACCCACAACCCCAAGAAGAAACAAACGUUCCCAACCCACAGUCCCAAGAGGAAAAACGUUCCCAAGCCAAAGCUCAAGAGCAAAACGUUAAAAAAAAACAGUACCAAGAGGAAAAACGUUCCUAAUCCACACCCCAAGAAAAAUAAAAAGCCCCACCCACAGCAUAGGGAGAAGCCACGGGGCAAAAACACAGCGGCGGGAGGCAGAGGGACGCCGCCCUCCCGCCGGCAAGCAAGAGGAUCCCCGCGCAAGAAACGCAACCCCUGA